GGAGCCUGAGCGCUGCUGGACCUAUCCGAACCUCAGCGGACGACAAACAGCGCGGUCUAGAGAGAAGCGAGAGGUUUCUGUCAGCGAUAUCGUCGCCCAUCAUCAGACAGAAGCAGGUCCUGGACGUGGUAGUACCAUCUCUCGUGAGACACUAGUACAUCGUUUUGCGUACUAUCAGUCAGUGUUUUUUUCUCUUUGAAGGGAAAUUAGUCGGGUCGUCGGUGGUUUACGUAAUAGUUGUGAUCGGGGUUGUGAUUUUGGAGUUGUGUCCUACAUAAAGAUGAAGUGGCUUCUUCUAUCAACACUAGCAGUCUUACUGGCUCUGGCUAUCGCAGAAGGCGAGGUAUGGGAGGAAGAUGACCAUGAAGUGCUGAUCCGAAGUGAAAGGGGCGCUAAAAAUCAGGAAUGCCGUUAUGCCAAAGGCGCAUGGACCGAGUGCGAUUCCAAAACCAACCAAAGAUCGAGAAUGUUGACGCUGAAAAAGGGCAACGCCACCAACUGCGAGCCGACCAAAACGAUGCAGAAAAAGUGCAAAAAAGCUUGCAGAUACGAGAAGGGCGCUUGGGCAGAGUGCAACCCUCAAGGCCAGAUGACGAGGACCGACAAAAUCAAGGCAGGCAGUGAUUCGUCCUGUGAACAGAAGAGAGAGAUCACGAAAAAGUGCAAAACCAAGAUGGCCAAGCCCACCAAAGGUAAGAAAGCUGCCCGUCGUAACAGAAAUUAAGAAACUGAAAUCAAGACAACUACAAUACAGUCAUCAUUGAAACACAUAUAGGUUAAUAAAAAAAAAUGAAUCAUUAGGUAUAUCCACUUAAUUUUUACAUUCACGAUCAACCAAAAAUCAUAUAUACACAGAAAAAAAUAAAUAUUGAUCUCCUUUACCAUUCUAAAAUAUAUACAUUUAUAAACAAAAAGAACACACUCUUUGAAAUAAACUAUGUAUAAGUUUAAAUAAAAUACGAUUUCUUUUAUACAGGGUUAUUUAAAAAAUCAUCACGUUAAAAAAAUAUAUAUAUCCUCAUCUCGUAUAUUGUACAUUAUAACAUUAAUUUGUAAAAGAAAUACAAGCGUUGUUUUACUUAAGCCAAAAAUAUCUUUUAUUGUUUAAUUAUUGACACUAAAAAAUAGUUAUAUAAUAAGUUAUAGUUAGUUACAGUUUAAGUAUAUAGGGCCUAAGGCAUACAUACAUCACAUAGACAUAUUAUAUCAAAUAUAUAUGAUUAGAAAAAGAAAGAUUUUAGUUUUUUACAGUUUCACACUAUAUAUUUUUAAUGGACGUGAAAAUAUACAGGGUGAGCCAAGAAAAAAAUAAUAUAUUUUUUUUCUAAUCAUAGUUUUUGGUAUUGAAUAUUGAGUUAAACGUAAGCUUCAAAGUUAGAGAUAAUAAAUUAUUUUUUUUACAAAAUACCAUAAUUGUGAAAAUUUUUGGCAACAAAAUUUUAAUUUGUACUGACAUUUAAAAUCUCUCUAACUUUUGAACUUCUCUGUAUUUAUUACAGGAUUUUAUUAAGUUUUUUUUAAUAAAUAGAGAGCACAUGCAUGUAUCAUGUAGAUAUUAUAAUAUCUUCUUGUUGUUCAUUUGUUUCAAACACGUACCAUAUGAUCGAGAAAAAAAAACAACGUCAUGGUUGGCUUGAAAAUUCAGAUCGCUGCAGCCCACUUGACGCCGUUCUUUUUUCGAUCAUACAGUACAUCAUAUAGGGUUAUUGUAUUUAAGGAUAAUGUGUAGGUGUACUUUUUAGAUACUAUACAUACUCUGUUAUACAGAUAAUUUUUUUUUGGUUUAUUUUUAAUCUAUAUGAAAAUAACAUUUUGAUAAAAGCAUCAGAACAAUCGGUAUAACAAAAACAUACCGGGUGCAUCUUAAAAGUGGCUCACCCCUAUAACUUUUUUAUUUUUUUAGAUAAAAAAAACGAAAUUUGGUAUGUUAGUAUACGACAUAAAUUAGGAUUAAUUGGACAUAUUCAAUUGUUUUUUGUCACUAAAGUCAUGCACUAAAAUCAAUUACAUACCAAAUGUCGCUUUUUUAUCUCAAAAAAUAAAAAAGUUAUAGAGGCGAGGCAUUUUUGAGAUGCACCCGGUAUAUUAAACGGUUUUACACCAAUACAACUUAUUUCAAAAAUUGGUUUGAUCAAACAUCCAUGUUAAAUUUAUUUGACAGAUAUGUAUUGAUCCAACUAGAGUUUUGUAGGUGUACAAUUACAAUUAAAGGAAACAAACCAAAAAAUCAACCUCUUGCUCAUUUAUUUCUUUUAAAUUCUUCAAUUUGAUUUCAAGGCAUAUCAGAAUGUUCAUUUUCUAGCCAUCAGUAACAAGCAAACAUUUUUAGGAGUUUUUUUCGAAUAGUAAAAACGUUUUUUAGUGUUUUUAAAAUUCAUAAUAAUUAAUAAUAAUAAUAAGAUAUAUUUAAUAGGUGCAGUUUGAUGUGCAUUUCUUUUCUUACUGGAGUAAUCUCAGAAUUUUACAAUUAGGUAAAUAAAUCUUAAUUGGAAACACAUUAAGAUAGGUCUCUCUCCGAAACUUAAAUAAUAACUGUUUCUCAGUGUAACAAUUAUAUUAAAAAUCUUCCAAUAA